UGUGGCAAGAUCUAUUGUGGUUACGACGAAUGUCGGGACGGAGAGUGUAGAAAUGAUUUAUGUGACAUGUUAUAUGCUGAUGCCAUGUGUAUGUAUACUGCAAAUUAGGGUACCUGUUAGCUUGAUUCUGUUAGAGUCGUACCUGCAUGGGUGUCCUUCGGGAUCACCACCUAUUGAGGACUGUGUGGUCCGACGGGACACCAGUCUAGCAUGAUAUAGACAUGACUCGAGUGACUCGACGGGGUCCUCGCAUCCCGACUGUCCUAGGUGUCCCCGGGCACCGAAGACCAGAGUUACGUUCCUACGGGAGCGCAUGAUUGCACGUGUUCGGGAACGUGCCAGAGAUUGGGUACCAGUUAUCAGGACUCUAACAGGAAGUUAACAGGCACCUAGUGGGACUAGUAGUGGGUCCCUUACUGAGUAUUUUUAUACUCAUUCUCUCCAUUUUAUGUUUUCAGGUAGAGGACGAGGCAAGGGCAAGGGCAAGCUGGCGAGCGACCCGAAGUGAGACCGAGGAGGGCCAUAGGGACUACCGCUUCCGCUUAUUUCUUAUUUCAGAUUUUAGCAUUUGAGUUUGAGUACUUUUUAUUUUUCACUAUCUUUUAUGUAGAUAGGGCCCGAGUAGGAUUUCAGAACGUUUUUACAUUUUUGCAUGACUACCUUGUUUAUGUUUUUUUAUAAAUGAAUUUCUUGAACCGUAUGCUUUUUAAUAAAAUUUUUAGACUUAAACCACUUGUUCUAUAUUUAGUAAUGACUUCGAUUCAGCAUAAGGAGUUGGGUCGUUACAGUUGGUAUCAGAGCACAGUGUUUUAGGUUCUGUAGACUGACCUACAAUGUAAGUCAUUUUUGUUUUUGGUUUUUACUUCACCCUAUGGCAAUACGGUCCUUCGGCACUCGCCAGGUAUGUCUAAAGCCUUGCUAAUGUUAAGAUUACAAUUUUGCCUGAAUAGUCUAAGACCUAGAUAUAAGGUGAUAAGUUCUUGUGGUGAAAAGUUUGUUGGUGAAUUUUAGGGAGAAUGCCGCCACGUAGAGGUACACGCCGAGGAGGUGGUAGGGGAGGCAGAGGAGCCGGUCGUGGCCAGCCGGAGGCGCCACCUGUUGCACCGGCAGUCGACCCAAACGCACCGGUCACCCAGGCGGAUCUCGCCGCAAUGGAGCAGCGUUAUCAGGACAUGCUGCAAGCUGCUUUGGCGCCUUUCCUUGCCGCCCAGCAGAACCAGGCCGCCCCUGUUCAGGCCGAGGCCGCCCCUGCUCAGGCCCAGGCCGCCCCUGUUCAGGCUCAGGCCGUCGCUCCUCCAGCCCCUGAGGAAGCUCAACCAGUACCAGUUCAACUGUCGGCCGAGGCGAAACACUUACGGGAUUUCAGGAAGUAUAAUCCCAAGACCUUUGACGGAUCCAUGGACAACCCCACAAAGGCCCAAAUGUGGUUGACGUCCAUAGAGACUAUUUUCCGGUACAUGAAGUGCCCAGAAGACCAGAAGGUGCAGUGUGCAGUCUUCUUCUUGGAGGACAGGGGCACCGCCUGGUGGGAGACCGCGGAGAGAAUGCUAGGGGGCGAUGUAAGCAAGAUAACAUGGGAGCAGUUCAAGGAGAACUUCUAUGCUAAGUUUUUCUCCGCCAAUGUGAAGCACGCCAAGCUGCAAGAGUUCCUAAACUUGGAGCAAGGCGACAUGACGGUGGAGCAGUACGACGCCGAGUUCGAUAUGCUGUCCCGCUUUGCUCCCGAUAUGGUAAGAGAUGAGGCUGCCAGGACGGAGAAAUUUGUUAGAGGACUCAGGCUAGACCUUCAGGGCAUUGUCAGAGCCCUCCGCCCAGCCACGCAUGCUGAUGCACUACGUAUAGCACUGGAUUUGAGCCUGCCUGAGAGAGCCGAUGCGUCUAAGGCUGCCGGCAGAGGGUCAGCCUUGGGACAGAAGAGAAAGGUUGAGACGCAGCCUGACGUAGCACCGCAGCGAACACUGAGGUCAGGAGGUGUCUUCCAGAGACACCGACGGGAGCUUGCAGCAGCCGGGAGGACUCUGAGAGAGCUACCCGCUUGUACUACCUGCGGGAGAGUCCACGGAGGUCGUUGCUUGGCUGGAAGUGGAGUCUGCUUUAGGUGCAGACAGCCGGGGCACACUGCUGAUAUGUGUCCUCGGAAACCCUUUGAGACGACACCGCCCCAGCCUUCUGCGGCCCAGCAGGGGAGAGUUUUCGCCACUACCCGGCAGGAGGCCGAGCGAGCUGGCACUGUGGUGACAGGUACGCUCCCAAUUUUGGGGCACUAUGCUUUUGUGCUAUUUGACUCUGGGUCAUCCCACUCGUUUAUAUCCUCCGUUUUCGUUCAGCAUGUGGGUUUAGAGGUAGAGCCUUUGGGUAGUGUUUUGUCGGUUUCUACUCCAUCUGGGGAGGUCCUGUUAUCCAAAGAACAAAUAAAGGCAUGUCGGGUAGAGAUAGCGAAUCGUAUGUUAGACGUGACCUUGCUAGUGUUAGACAUGCAGGAUUUUGAUGUGAUACUAGGCAUGGAUUGGCUAUCAGCCAACCAUGCAAAUAUAGACUGUUAUGGCAAGGAAGUUGUCUUCAACCCUCCCUCCGAGGCUAGUUUCAAAUUCAGGGGGGCAGGCAUGGUAUGUAUACCCAAGGUCAUCUCAGCCAUGAAGGCUAGUAAACUACUCAGCCAGGGUACUUGGGGUAUUUUGGCAAGCGUAGUGGAUGUGAGAGAGCCGGAAGUUUCCCUAUCUUCCGAACCAGUGGUAAGAGAGUACCCCGACGUUUUUCCAGACGAACUUCCAGGACUUCCGCCUCCCAGAGAAGUAGACUUCGCUAUCGAGUUAGAGCCGGGCACUGCCCCAAUCUCGAGGGCCCCUUACAGAAUGGCUCCAGCCGAACUAAAGGAGUUGAAGGUCCAGUUACAGGAGUUGCUGGACAAAGGCUUCAUCCGGCCCAGUGUGUCGCCUUGGGGAGCCCCAGUAUUGUUCGUGAAGAAAAAGGAUGGGUCAAUGCGCCUUUGUAUUGACUACCGAGAGCUGAACAAGGUGACAGUCAAAAACCGCUACCCCUUGCCCAGGAUUGAUGACCUGUUCGAUCAGUUGCAGGGAGCCACCGUCUUCUCCAAGAUCGACCUGCGAUCAGGCUAUCACCAGUUGAGGAUUAGGGACGGUGACAUCCCCAAGACGGCCUUUCGAUCGAGGUACGGACAUUACGAAUUCGUUGUGAUGUCUUUCGGCUUGACUAACGCUCCUGCAGUAUUCAUGGAUCUGAUGAACAGGGUGUUUAAGGAGUUUCUAGACUCGUUCGUCAUAGUCUUCAUUGACGACAUCCUCAUUUACUCAAAAACUGAGACGGAGCACGCGGAGCACCUACACCAGGUUUUGGAGACCCUUCGAGCCAACAAGUUGUAUGCCAAGUUCUCCAAGUGUGAAUUCUGGUUAAGGAAGGUGACGUUUCUUGGCCACGUGGUUUCCAGCGAGGGAGUUUCAGUAGAUCCCGCAAAGAUUGUUCCGGUGGGAGUGGGGCUGUUGCCUGAUGUUGCUGCUCAACCAAAGUCUUCUCCAAUUGAAACGGACGAAAGGCAACAGAAAGUGACAACUUUUCUGACUCUUUAA